AUGCUCAAAGUGGACAUAAGAAAAGCAUUUGACACAGUCUGCUGGGACUUUGUUGUCAAGUUGUUGGAGGCACAAAGCUUCCCUCUGCUCUUCAUAACUUGGAUUAAGGAGUGUAUUACCUCCCCACGAUUCUCUAUUGCAAUUAAUGGUGAGCUUGCAGGCUUCUUCCCCGGGCAGAAAGGACUGCGACAGGGAGACUCUAUUUCACCUUACCUCUUCAUAAUGAUCAUGGAAGUGCUCUCCAAGCUUCUAGGGAAAGCGGCCGAUGAAGAAGGCAUGAAUCUCCAUCCGCUAUGUCAAACGCCGAGGUGGACUGGUAUGGAGUUAAAUCCUGCUAAAACAGAAAUAUUUUUUGGAGGUUUUUCUCAGAUUGAAGCAGCAGUUAUAAGUGACUUGGCAGGCUUUAGGAGAGGUUCAUUCCCCACUCGAUACCUCGGUCUUCCUCUGGAUCCAAACAGAAUCAGUUUUGCUACGCUUCAGCCAUUUCUGGAGAGGAUUACAUCUAAGCUUAAUUCAUGGACAGUCAAUAGCCUCUCAUUCGCUGGGAAAGUAAGGAUGGUUAUCUCUGUCAUCUAUGGCUCGUCUCUUUGGGUGGAAUGGCUUAAGGAGAAUGUGUUUAAGAGGAAGUGCUAUUGGGAGAUACAGACCUCUCAGAGACUCUCUCCUACUGUGAGAGGAAUGAUCGGGAUCAGAGAUACGGUUCGGGAGUUCUUGCGCUGGUCAGUUGGACACGGUCGAGCUGCAACAUUUUGGUUUGAUUGGUGGUCGGAUCUGGGCCCGUUGAUAACUGCGUUGGGAGAAGCAGGUCCCCAUGACCUACGUAUUCCUAUCUCAGCGUUCGUGUCUGAUGAUGUGGUCAACGGAGAUUGGUCGCUCCCUGCUGCAAGGUCGGAAGAAGCAGUAACGCUGCAAAUUGUGUUAUCCAUGAUGGCGCCUCCAACUUCUGAGCGAGGUGCUGAUAAAUUUCUUUGGAGGAAUGCCACAGAUCACUUUCUUCCGAGGUUCUCAAGUAGAGAUACUUGGAAUAGAAUUCGGGUUGGAGCUACCACUGUCUCUUGGCAUAAACUUGUUUGGUUCAAAGAGGAAAUACCGAGAUGUUCUUUCAUAACAUGGCUAGCGAUCCUUGGACGUCUGCCUACAAGAGACAUGCUCUCCUCUUGGGGCUUGUCGAUUCCAUUUAACUGUGUCUUAUGUUCAUCAGGAAUUGAGAACCAUGAUCACUUGUUCUUUCGCUGUCCGUACGCGAUUCCAUUGAACUUGUUCUUUCGAUGA